AUGCGAACGGCCUUCUUCACUCACCCAUACGUGGCGUUGGUGCAUUGGUCCUUUCUGGCCACCUUUAUUGGUCACACGAAUUUUGCGGUGGUCUGGAGCUUGUUCUAUCGGUAUUUUAUGGUAAGAAGCUUAAGAUACUUUUGUUUUGCGUUCAAUUUACAGGGGAAGCACCCCAAGUGCGACGCAUAGAUUUUGAUGAAAGUUGGCACAGAUUUAGAGUAAUUUUUUCUAAAAUAUAUGCGAGAAUCCUAGCUCGCGCUUUGCAGAAACAACGAAGAUUUUUAGAUCGAAUGUCGGCGAAAAUUUGUGACUUUUUGCCGAAUUUCGGCACGAAAAUUUUAAUGCGUUCUACCGGAAAGGGCAAUGUUUCAACAAAAAAUCAAUUUUCCGCACGAAACUGGCAAAGUCAUGGCCAAAAAGCGUUUUUCUCUUUGACCGCUCUCCACGUUUAGUGUGCUCUCUCGGCGGCAAAAAUCGUUCAAUAUCUCGGCCGCGCCCGCAAAGCGUGAGCUAAAAGUUUCAGGAAUUGAUAACUUGUCUGUGCCCGACGCGUAUGCAAAAUUAAGAAAAAAUCUGAGCGUUGCACUAGGGGUACUUCCCCUGUUAGUCAAACUGGCUUGAUUGGGUAGGCAUUUUUUAAAACGCACAUAUUAUAAAGUGGGUGCGGUCUAAAUACUUCAUGUUGGGCCUUGCUGCACAUGUCUUGCCUGUGAACAGCCAAGCCCAGCAAAAUAAUGCAAAUAUUCUCCGUAGAUUGAAGACCUUUAACCGAUAAUUUUCAGGGCUUCUUCGGCUGGCCUGCACGAUUGGCCGAGAGCGUUUGGUUCAUGCCGUUGCUGGCAUUGCUAACUUAUGUUGCAUGUACUCCGUUGCUCUAUCCUCUAAUUAUUUAUCCAAUACCAGGUGAAUUAGUUUUCAUAGUGAUCUUUUCGGCUAAUCGGGAGUAAAUGUGACAAAAAAAAAUUCAGAUGCCCCAAGGAUCAAAGAGUUAUUUCGCCAGCAACUGCCUCAUCUUCAAGAAUACGAAUCAAAAAUGAGUUAUGCGUGCGUCCCCAACUCAGACGCCUCACGUUUCUUCAUAUUGAUUGUGAUCGUUCUCUUUGUGACCUUUCUCAUAAUGGGCAUUGUCUUGUACGGUAUCAUGCUUCAUAGGAUAUACAUCACCAACCCACAUGAUGCGCUAUUCAGGACCACCACAAGGCUGCACAACAUGCUGGUAAAGGUGGGCUUUUAUGGGACUUUUAUGAAGCGGAUAACUUGUGGGUUUAGGCAUUUGGUGUUCAACUGUUUGUUGGCUAUGUUUUCCUCUGUCUUCCGUGCAUGGCCAUGUUCGCCGCUUUUUAUGCCCAAUGGGAGGAAGGUACCACCAUUUGCGCAUUCUCCUUCGCAAUGCUCCAACUCCAUGGGUCGGCGGAUUUUGUCACAAUGAUGUACUUUAUCACGCCGUAUCGUAAAAAAUUAAUGGAAAUACUGUGGAGGAAGUACGCCAUUGGCAGUCCGCCCACAAGCUUUGCCAAAACGAAAAGCGUUGUCAGUGCGAUUCGUCGGCGUUGACAGUGGAUCAUACGUGCGCUGUGGUCGCUGCAUCAAGAUUUUCAAGUGAUGCCCAGACAGGUGGUUGUAUAAUACAGAAUUAUACGGAUAUGUCAUGUAUAUAUAACAGCGGGUGAUAUAUGUAAAAUGUAAUCAUGCAACUUCCAAUCUAAGACAGGUCAAUAAAACUUAUGUAUACCUUACAUAUUUGCCAAAGAAAGAAAAUUGAGUCAGCGUCCGUCUAACUGCGACUUCAUAUCAGAAAAAGUAUGGAGAAAAGCAAUUUUAGAAGCAAGAGAUCUAGGGGCUAAGGUAUAUAGUACAAACCCCCAGGCCAGUUCAGACCCCCAUGACCCAGUACAAACCCCCACAUCCAAUCUGAACCCAGAAACCUUCAAUGAAAUCUUGAUGAGAAGGAAUGUUGUACCGGGCUUUCGUGGGGACUAUCUACCAAAGCCCCAAGAUCUAAGCUGUAUUUCGUACGAUAUUCAAACUGGAUCGUCCCUCGGCUAUCAUCUUUUCGUUUCUUGAUACCACUUGAUUCUGCACUUUGAACCUUUAUUCGUCAGAUGUUUACGUGUUUGUGAGUAUUGAGCAACUUUUUCAACGGUUUUCCGUCUUUUGCAAAUUAGAAAAUUGUAUUAUAAAUCGAACUUCCAACCGACCAAAAAACUCUUCAGAUGCCAUUAAACGAAUUUCUUCAAGAAUUAUAUAUUUAUUAAACCCCAAUGUAUUAAAUUUGAGGAGUGACAGCAAGUGGGUUUUUCAAGCCUUCCUGUUUUGUCUGUUUUUAGAACAGGUGGAAGGUCUCAAAACAUGUAAACCCAAGGCCAUUUCGCUUGCAAACAUAGUUGUUUUUGUGGAAAGUGUAGUCGACUGAACCUCUAGACGUUCAGAAUUUUCAUUUUCAAUUACAAUUUUACUGCAAAUUUGCCUUCAGCCCACUGUCCAUGAUCUACGUGGAUGGUGCGGAAUGGCUUGCCAAAUACACGUUGCCUAUCACCGCCCUCAUCGAGGUAACAUGCGCGCCGUACGUCAUAUUUCUGGCGUUAUUUCAUUCGCGUCAAAUGAAACGGUAUCGCUUUUUGAUUCUGAACAAUGUGGUCGGAAGCUGCCUUCUGAACCUGGCUUUUUGCCUCGCCAAGCCUCAUUACAUGUUCCCGGCGGCGUGUGUGAUAAAUGACUCAACAUUGCUCCGCAACCACUAUUCGAAUGUGGCAUACAAUUGUGUGUUUGUUUUGCUGCUUCUUUACUCCGACAUGUCGAUUGUUUGGAGUCUGUUCUACCGGUACUUUAUCGUAAGUAAUACACGAUACACUAUAGAUGGGUUGAGUAGUUGGUUGUCACGAAAAAAUGCAGGAUAUACAGCACAGUCGGGGACCUGAUCCAGCGGCAAAAAACGUACCAUUUUGCAUCCGGGAAGUAUCAAAAAUGUGGCAAAAUGCUUCCCUAUUUAAGUGAAAAAAAUCCGAUUUCAAAAGCGCGCCCGCUCUUUUUGUCAGGGGAAUUCAAAAAACGAAGUUUUUUUCACUUGGAGUGGGAAGCAUUUUGCCACAUUUUUUACACUUCCCGGAUACAAAAUGGUACCUUCUUUGCCACUGGAUCCGGUCCAACAGUAGCAUUUCACAAGUUUAUUUCAGGCAUUUCCAGGCUGGCCUUCCGAUUUCGUCGAUAAAGGAAACUUGGCCCUCUUCCUGGCUGUUGGUGGCCAAGUGUUGAUGUCAGCGGUUGUCUUAUUCCCUCUGUUGGUCUUUCCCAUCCCAAGUGAGAGACCAUUCUUUCUUUUUAUCCUCAACUUGCAGGUCCGUUAACACAAAAAUCUCUCUUUCUCCAACAAUUACCUCAACUGAAAGGCCAAGAGCCUUAUCUAAGCUAUGUGUGUAUUGCUCACUCCGAAACAGCAACCUCCUACGCUUUGUUGCGAUUGAUAAUUUUGAUAGGCUUCUUUGCCACUGGAACCACUUUGUUUUGCAUAAUGUCGUAUAAAUUGGCGGUGUUGAAAUCAAGUCGUGGAUACUUUGGAAGCACACAAAAGAUGCACCGAAUGUUAUACAAGGUAGGCUCUAAUAAAAGAUUACAAUUCCAACAUUUAAUAUCGUGUUUUUAGGCAGUGGCAGUCCAACUGUUCAUCGGCUACAUCUUCUUUCUCUUCCCCACGGCUGUGGCCAUGUUGACUUACUAUUGCCAAUGGAAAGAAGGAACAACAAUUGCAUCAAUCUGCACGAUGCUCGUGCAGUUUCAUGGCUGCGUGGAUCUUUUGACAAUGAUGUAUUUCAUCACGCCGUAUAGACAGAAAUUUAUGAAAAUGAUGACCGGAAAAAGGGCGGAGGAGACCAAGUUCACGACGACAAUAACUGUGGCGUACAGCAGUUCGCGGUUUACUAACAAGGGAUCGGCAAAUAGUUGCACCCUGCUUUCUUAA